AUGUUCAAAAGCAAAGCCAAACCAGAGUCGAAACAAAAUGCCCCCGUCUACAAACCCAACUCCCUCUGGACCAAGUCCUUCAUGAUCACGGCCCUCGUCCAAAACUGCUUCACAGUAGGUAUCGAAAGUUUCAUGAUCAUCAAGUUCGAAAACAACCUGCGCGGACUCUCCGACAAUGAAGUCGCCUUCAAACCGAUCCGCACAUCCCUAGGCCUCUACACCUUCGGCCUCCUCUGCGAGCUCCUACUCGUCUGGGACGCUCUCCGACACGAGAACGCAAUCCAGCUGAUCGGGCUAUGCAUCUGCAACAUCGGCCUCGCGAUGUACGGCGUCGUCCAAGUCAAAGAAAUCAAGAUCGCGGUAGCCGACAUGAACGCAGACCCAUCCAACACCCCCGACGACCUGUGGUCGAAAUACAAAGUGCACAUCAUCCUAGUUCCAGCGAUGAUGGCCCUCGGGUCGAUCAUCAUGAGCGUGCUGACCUGGAAACUAUACUCGGAAUUCUCGUGGUCGUUCUUCAAGAACAUCAGCGCGGAUCUGCGCAUGAAGCGCCGAUUCAUCACCUACCAGGUGUACAUUGCGCUGCUGAAAUUCGACUUCUUCUUCAUCAACGGAUGUCUGAUGCUUGUGCUGUUGGGCAUCAUCUCCGAGGACUGGAGCCUCGAGUCGAUCGUCAGUAUGGCGUUUAUCCCGUUGUCCAUGAUCACGCUGUAUCUGGCGGGGUUGUUCACGAGACGGGAAAAGACUGUCGGAAUGGUGGUUGUCAUUAUCAUCCUGUGCAUUUACAUGGCCUGCUUCGCAACCCUCCUCUGGUGGAUGAACACCCUGCACGGGUCCACAGACUACGGCUCCACGAGGCUCUCCCUGACGCUGCUGAUUGCGAUCACCCUGGGUCUGAUCCUGAUGACCAUCGUGACUGGGAUCAUGUGCAUGCGCAAUUUCGACAAAGGCUUGAAAACGCAGAUCGUGCCGAAGAGGUCAAAGUCGAAGCGCGGGGACGUGCAGUUGGCGGAUAUGGAGACGCGGUUUGAUAUCGAUGGGGGGGAUUAUAAAACGAGGGUAAGGGUUGAGCCGAGGGAGAUCAUUUGA